ACACGGAAGCAGGACGACGGCGGCUCCGAGCUGCGGCCUCUCUCUGUCCCUUUCCCCUUCUUUGGUGCAGGGCACACUGGUCUCUAUGUGAACAACAAUGGCAUCAUCUCAUUCCUGAGGGAGGUCUCCCAGUUCACACCAGUGGCUUUCCCCAUCUCCAAGGACCGGCGUGUGGUGGCUGCUUUCUGGGCAGAUGUGGAUAACCGGCGGGCGGGCGAUGUGUAUUACCGGGAGACUACUGAGCAGCCCAUCUUGGAGAGAGCGAGCAAGGACAUUGCACAGUAUUUCCCUGAGUUCCUGGGGUUUUCUGCACAGUGGGUCUUCAUUGCGACUUGGUACCGAGUGACCUUCUUUGGGGGCAGUUCAUUUUCACCGGUAAACACUUUCCAGAUUGUCCUCAUCACAGAUGGAAAACUCUCCUUCACCAUCUUCAACUAUGAGUCCAUCACCUGGACCACGGGUAUGCACGCCAGCAGUGGGGGGGACUUUGCUGGGCUUGGCGGCAUUGCAGCACAGGCAGGUUUUAAUGCUGGUGAUGGAAAGCGUUACUUCAACAUCCCUGGAUCUCGCACCGAUGACAUCGCUGACGUGGAGAUGACGACAAAUGUGGGUAUCCCCGGGCGCUGGGUGUUCAGAAUCGAUGAUGCCCAGGUGCAAGUGGGGGGCUGCAGCAAUACAACUUCUGUCUGCCUGACGCUGCGGCCCUGCCUGAAUGGGGGGAAGUGUAUUGAGGACUGCAUCACGGGGAACCCCUCCUACACCUGUUCCUGCCUGGCUGGCUUUACCGGAAAGAGGUGCCAUAUUGAUGUGGAUGAGUGUCUCUCCCACCCCUGUCAGAAUGGAGCCACGUGCUUCAACGGCGCUGGCAACUUCAGCUGCAGGUGCCUGCCAGGCUUCAGAGGUGCCAACUGUGAGACUGAAGAGGCACCAUGUGAGAACAGGGUGUGCCAGAAUGGUGGGAGGUGCCAGGCAGUGAACAGGACAGCGGAGUGCUUGUGCCAGCCAGGGUACACGGGAGUGGACUGCCAGACAGAGGUGAAUGAGUGUGAGUCCAACCCAUGCCUGAAUGGUGGGCACUGCAUUGACCUGGUUGAUAACUACACCUGUGUGUGCCUGGAGCCCUUCGUGGGAAAGCGCUGUGAGACAGACUUGUCUUCCUGUGAGGACCGUAGCUGCCGGAACCGGCAGACAUGCAACUACAUCCGCCCUGGCCGUUAUAUCUGCACCUGUUCCCCGGGUUAUUAUGGCAACAACUGCCAGUAUGGUGGGCCCCGUGUACCUGGUGCCUGCCUCUCCCACCCAUGCCAGAAUGCAGGUAGCUGCCUGGAGACGGAGCAGGGCUACAUCUGUGAAUGCCAGGAGGGCUACACUGGGCAGGAUUGUCAAGACAAGCUCUCGGAGGGCUGUGAGUGUCGCAAUGGGGGCAGUUGUUUGGAGGGGAACAUCACCAUCUGCCAGUGCCUGCCUGGGUUUUUUGGUCUCCUUUGUGAAUUUGAAGUCACCACUACACCAUGCAACAUGAACACACAGUGCCCGGAUGGUGGGUACUGCAUGGAGUAUGGUGGGAGCUACCUCUGCGUUUGCCACACAGACUACGGCACCAACCACACAAUGCCAUCCCCCUGUGACUCGGAGCCCUGCCUGAAUGGUGGGUCUUGUGAAGUUCAUGAUGAUUCAUACAUCUGUGACUGUCCUCGAGGCUUCCUUGGCAAGCACUGUGAGAAAGCUAAGCCACGGCUCUGCAGUACAGGGCCCUGUCGCAAUGGGGGCACCUGCAGGGAGGCAGAUGGCGAGUACCACUGCACCUGUCCGUACCGCUUCACCGGCAAGCACUGUGAGAUCGGUAAGCCAGACCCCUGCACCUCGGGGCCCUGCCAGAAUGGGGGUACCUGCUUCCACUACAUCGGCAAAUACAAGUGUGACUGUCCGCUGGGCUACGCUGGCCGGCACUGUGAGAUUGUGCCCUACCUAUGCUUCCUUAGCCCUUGUGAGAAUGGUGCUACCUGCAAGGACCUCAGUGGGGCCUAUGCUUGCAUAUGCCCUAUAGGUUAUGUAGGGAAGCACUGCCAGUUUGAGGUUGACUGCGGCAUCCCCAGUGAGGUGAAGCAUGCCCAAGCCACUUUCAACUCCACCAAAGUGGGCUCACUGGCUGAAUACCAGUGUGAGCAGGGCUACAGUCUCAGUCAGCACAACCACCCCCGCAUCUGCCGCCUGCCAGGUGUAUGGAGCGACCCCCCUGAAUGCGAUGAAAUCAACGAGUGCUGGUCCCAACCCUGCCUGAAUGGUGGCCAGUGCAAGGACCGUAUUGCUGAGUUUCUGUGCUUGUGUGAGCCAGGUUACACCGGUCGCCACUGUGAGUCAGAUGUUGACAACUGCCAGUCAGAGCCCUGUAAGAAUGGUGGGACCUGCCAGAAUCUCCCCGGGUCCUUUGCUUGCUACUGUCCUAAGGGCUUUGUGGGGACCCAGUGUGAGACAGAAGUGGAUGCCUGUGAGUCGGGUCCUUGCCAAAACGGAGGUGCCCCGUGCUUCCCCAGCCCCUGUGGGAGCAGAGGCUACUGCCUGCCUGGUAAUGGCACCUACGGCUGUACCUGCAAAGUCAGCUACACAGGCAAGAGCUGCGAAAAAGAAUUGCUGCCACCAACCUCAUUAAAGGUGGAAAGGGUGGAGGACACUGGUGUAUUGAUUUCUUGGCAUCCACCUGAGGACACAGCUGCCAGGCAACUCAUUGACGGCUACGCCGUGACGUACGUAUCCCUCGACGGCUCUUACCGCAGGACAGAUUUUGUGGACCGAAGUCGUUCUGCCCACCAAUUGCGGGCACUAGCCUCCGGCAGAGCCUACAAUAUUUCUGUCUUUUCAGUCAAACGCAACGUGAACAACAAGAAUGAUAUCAGCAGGCCCAUCAUGCUCACCACGCGCACUAGACCGCGUCCGGUGGAAGGCUUUGAGAUCAUGAACGUGACAGCCAGCACUAUCACAGUGCAAUGGGCUCUCCACCAGCUCAAGCACUCCACUGUCAGUAGGGUGCGUGUCUCCAUCCGCCAGCUGGGAGACCUGGCAGACCGCAUGGUGGAGCUGAACAGCAGUGUGGCCAAGUACACUUUCCUGGACCUGCAGCCAGGAGAGAGGUACAUCAUCCACGUCACAACACUGAGUGGCCUGAGGACAGAAGACCACCCCUCGGAGAGUCUGGCCACAGCCCCCUUCCAUGUGUGGACUAGGCCUCUACCUCCGCAAAAUCUCACUGCCUCCCGUGUCACCGCCACCUCUGUGUCUAUGGCAUGGGAGCAGCCACCUACUGGGGCCGUGGAGGGGUACAUCAUCAAUGUCACUACCGCUCAGAGUGUGAAGAGCCGUUAUGUGCCCAAUGGGAAGCUCGUAUCCUACAUCGUACGGGACCUACUCCCCUGGCAGCGGUACCGCCUAUCUGUGACAGCUGUGCAGAACACAGAGCAAGGCCAAGUGCACAGCGAGCCCAUCCACCUCUACAUCACCACCUUGCAGAGGGAUGGGGCUCCAGAGAGGCGAAGCCAAGCUGGACACCUCCGGGUCCUGCGCAACAGGCUGCCCCCAGCUUUCCUACCUGAACUCCACUUGCUAGGUGAUCAUAACACAGCUGAGGAGCCUUCACCAGCCCCCAGGUUCACUGAGCUGGUGGAUGGCAGAGGGAGGAUCAACACCAGGUUCAGCACUGCCCUGGGAAAAUCCAUCACUGUAAAGACGCAGCCAGAGGUUCCAGUGAAGCUGGAGAAUGUGGAGAUGUCCAGCCAGGACAGUCUGGCACUGCAGUUUCGCGAGGCAAAGAGCAAGAGUAAGGGGCAGAACUGCUUCAUGAACCCCUGCAGGAAUGGAGGCACCUGCACCAGGGAUGCUGAGUCCUACCACUGCAACUGCCGCCUGGGAUUCAAGGGCCAGCUCUGUGAGCUGGUCUGUAACAAGACUCAACAGUUGUGCACGUGAGUGUACUAAACCAAGUCAUUCCCUGUGUGGGAAGGAGGCACCUGCCACUACCUGUACAGGAGAAUCUGCGAGGUACAGCAGGAUGUCUGCUACAAGGAGAGCUGUGAGAGCACCAGUUCCAAGAAGACAACCAGCAGAAAACCAAGCAACAGUCACACACUGAAGAAGCUGUAG